UCCUCUACAGAAUUUUUUCAACUAAAGGGAAAUAACUAAUGGCGUCUUCAUCAGAACUUUUUCAGAAAUUUACCUUACAGAACGUUGCCCAGAUCGCCAGCAGCAGUCGCAAGGAACAACAAGCGGUACGGCAGGAUCUCCGCGCGCAGUUCCCCGUCUUUGAGGACUACUGGGAUGAGGUUUUACCUCCCAAACAGGACAUCUUUAUCAUCCGCUGCCAAGGUCAGGUGCGCUGCAUCACCCUGGUGAGCUCCCGCCCCGAGGUCCUUUUUUUCAACCACCACGAUGGCCCCUACAUGCCGCACCUCCGCCUGCUCCACAAAUAUCCCUUUCUUCUUAAACGCCAUCAGGUGGAUAUCGGGGGAUGCCGAAGCGUCGUUUCCGGCGCCAACAUCAUGUGCCAGGGCCUCACCUCGGAUGGUGGGCGCAUCGAGCCGGGGAUCCCACGAGGGGAGGUCGUGAGCGUUCACAUAGAGGGCAAAAAGCACGCCGUGGGGCUCGGGAUUAUGCUGAUGUCAUCCGACGAAAUCCAGUCGGUGAACUCCGGUCCCUGCAUCGCGAAUGUCCACCACCUCGGGGAUGGGCUUUGGAUGAAUCCGAUCCUCAGUGCUUCGCAUAUCAGCACGUGAUGCUAGGAAGACCAAGAGGGGUGAGAAGAGUAGGUAAAAUUGUAAGGCGUUAAUCACACUUGGAAGACUCAAGGAAGUGCUAUUAGGAGCGAAAAUAAAACUCUUAUGGAUAAAGCAAAAUAAGAUACGCAUCUUGUCGUAAGUGUCUUAUUUAAGAUUUCUGUCAUAUA